AUGAUACGAAGACGAUUUUUGGGAAUCACUGACAAUGCAAAUUCAUUCCACCAAACGUCAAAGUGGAUUGAUGAUGUUCGCACAGAAAGAGGAAGUGAUGUAAUCAUUAUGCUUGUAGGCAACAAAACUGAUCUAGCAGAUAAACGACAAGUAUCUACAGAAGAAGGCGAACGUAAGGCUAAAGAAUUGAACGUGAUGUUUAUCGAAACUUCGGCAAAAGCUGGUUACAACGUAAAGCAACUUUUCCGACGUAUUGCGGGAGCACUGCCUGGCAUUGAACCCGACCAGAAGGACAAACAUGACAUGCAAGAAGUGAAGUUAAGCGAUGCACCUAUUCGACAAGUUCAAAUGCAAGAAAGUGGUUGUUGGUGUUAA